AGGAUUUCAGGCGCCGCUUUUUGAACUGAGUAAACAGAGCUGUUAAUUGUGAGUGAUAAUAAACAGGUGAAGAUGGCAUCGAUUAAGGAUCUGGAUGUUGGAGAGAAAUUCAGCAGUAAGUUGGAGGAGAUCAGGAAUAAACUGCUGGUUCAGGCGAUGGGAGAGGUGAUGAAUGAAGCCACGGUGGAUUUCUGCCAAGCUCACAAACACUACAUGAAGUCUGUGCUGGAUACAUGCUCCAAAAAAUGCAGGGAAGAUGAAAGUAUGUUUGAAACUAUACAGGCAUAUACAGAAGAGCUAAAACGGCAGAAUUCUUCAGUGAGAGAGAGAAGUGCUGAACAGCCUGAAAUUGUGGGAGAAAUUGAGGACAAAGAAAAUCAAAAAGCACUUCUUAUUCAGAAGAUUGAGAAGCUCAAGCAAGACCAGAUCAGGAACAGAGAAUUGAUUCACUCACAGAACAAAGCAAACAAGGACAGACUGAAGAACCUGAACAAAAUUAAAGACAUCUUCCAGGAACAGCUAUGUCUGGAGAUCAGAAAAAUCCAGGGUGAGAAGCUACAGUUCAUCUUUAGAAACAUUAACCACAAGAAUCCACAAGGUCCCUACACUUUCGUUUUAAGAAUAAGUGAGGACGGCGUGUACCAAAUCGUCUCGUGUGAUCCUCCACUGGUGCAGAUGGAUCAUCUAGAGCGCCGACUGCAGGAGACCAACAACUUCUCUGCUUUUCUUGCCAACGUCAGGAGAGAAUUUGUGGCACUGCACAAUGCUACAAAGACCGGCUGAGAAUAUGAAUGUACUGUUGGACUUCCAAACUCUUGAUUCAAUUCACACACCAGUAGCCAGUUUUUCUAUUCGAGUGCUCAUUUUAGAGGUAUUGUAUUUUAACCUUCUUAUUGUAUGCUUGUAUAUAGUCUGCCUCUGAACUCUGUUGCUUUCUAAAAUAAAAAGUCCACACCC